AUGGAAAUUUUCGGAGUGAAGUUCGCACCUUUGAACGUUCCGUUAAAGCGAAGAUUGGAAACGCUCUCAGCCGCAGUAUGUAUCGUACUCUUCGCCUUUGGAAACUUCUGCGGAUACAUUCUCACCGCGUAUUUUCUUUUCUUCACGGAGACCAUGCGUUACUUUAUAUUACUUUACUUCGUCUGGAUGUAUUACGAUUGGAACAAGACCGAUAUGGGGUAUAAACGGCGAAAACUGUUGAACUGGAUAAGAAAUUGUGCCUGGCAACGGUACUUCUGCAGCUAUUUCCCAAUAAAAUUAAUAAAAACCACCGACUUGGACCCGAGCAAGUUGUAUUUGUUCUGCAAUUUCCCGCAUGGGAUUUUAUCAUCGGGGGUUUAUGGUGCUUUCGCGACAGACGCCGCCGGUUGCAAGGAAUUGUUCCCGGGGAUCGAGUUCAAAGUCGUUAUAUUGGACCAACACUUCAAGGCACCGCUUUUCCGAGAAUACUGUCGCAUCAAUUGUGUCGUCGGUAGCACUUCAGAAAGUCUGAACCAACAACUGUCGAUGGAACCUGCGGCACCGUACACCGGAAGAGCGACAGUUCUGAUCGUCGGUGGAGCAGCAGAAGCAAUGGAAUGUAAGCCGGGCACUUAUCGUAUCCUGAUAAAAAGGAGGAAAGGCUUCGUAAAGCUCGCGCUGAAAAAUGGGGUUAAUGUUAACGUUGCAAUGUCCCAAUGUUUCAUUGUAAUAACGGAACACGUUUGCUUUAGCACUCCCUUGGUUCCUGUCUGUUCGUUCGGGGAAACGAACCUGUUUGACCAAGUGUCGUUUCCAGAGGGCUCGUUUAUGAAUAAACUGCAGAUCUAUAUUCGAAAGAAGAUCGGUAUGGCGCCGGUUAUACCGGUAGGCCGGGGAUUCUUUCAGUACUCUUUCGGUAUCAUUCCACGGCGAACACCAAUCACUGUCGUUGGCAAAUUUGAACAGAUUUUUCUAUCUUUGCCUUUAAAAUUGCAACCUUAUAAUAAUGUUUGCGAUUUUCUAUUUUCCCCAGUCGGUAGCCCGAUGGAAUUACCCAAGAUAGAAGAACCAACCGUAGAGCAGAUUGACGAAUAUCAUGGGAAAUUUAUCGAGCACGUGGUGGACUUUUUCGAGAAGGAAAAGCACAAGUACGUCGAAAACGCGGAUUCAGUGCGCCUAGAAUUCGUAUAG